AACAUAUAUAAAAUGAGAAAAGAAAGAAGUAGUAAACAUAGGGCAUCGAACACGGAAACAUAGAAUACGCAGGAGGGCAAGCGUCGUCAGUUUCGUCGGCGAUGAUGUUGUGGUGGAAAGGGUAAUGGUAGUAUUGAUUGCAACGGAACUUGACCGCGCAAACUCUCUGUCUGCCCUCAAUGAAAUGACGUGCUUACAUAUGGAACCACGACGGACGGAACGACGAUAAAAACCUGUGGAUACCACACCUGGCCGACACCUGCCAGUUGAAACGGUGAUGAUGACAUCGACCCUUUGUACCUGCACAUGGCUGCUGCUACCCUGCUGUGUUCUCAUCACUCUCUCUACCGGUGAACACGAUUUUUAUCAAGAUGAUAUUCCUGAAUCUUCGAAUAUUGCGCUUAAGCAAUUUUUGAUUAAAUAUCUCGAGGGACAAAGAACGCAUUAUCCAUUGUUUGAGAGCCAAACUUACAAGAAACAUCAUUUGGAUUUGUAUCGCCAAAAAAAGGAACUUUUGGAAGCUUUGAUCAAUAAAAGAAAUUUAGCUGAAAUUCUAAGAAAAGAGAAACCGAAAGAAUGGAAUUAUCGGCAAAUAAAAUACAACGAGCCGAUCAACGAAUUAGCGCAAGAGAGGGAACAUUAUUCUCCGCUUUAUGAAAUGUUGAAUCCGUUCCAGAGUUCCUUGGAAUAUAUGAACUUUAAGAUGCCUUAUUUUCCCCAUGAAACGAACGAUGAUGAGGAUAUGAAUUUUCAAGAUGAUAACGAAGAUGGAUAUGAUCAAAACUUCGACAGAGGAAUGAAGGAAGAACCGUUGUUUGAACUCCACGGAAGUUAUAGUGGUUCAAUUAACGAGGACGGCAAAACUGAUAUGCAGAUACAAAAACCUCAAGCGACCAUACCAGAAUUCACUUUUAAAUUCGAGGAUUCAAUUUUGCCCGAGAGACAUCCGUUCGCGGUAAAACCCAACGAUCCUAGAUAUUAUAAUGACGUUCCUUUUUCAUUAGAUGAUGAAGACAAUUCGGAUUUCGAAAAAUCGAUAAAAAAUAAUACAAAAUGGGAACAAGAGAAUAUAAUGACAGUAAAUGGACCUAUCGUACGUGAAGAAAAUCCAAGAAAUAUUGAGUCUAAAUUUAAGGAUACGGAUCCAGUGAUAUCUGAAUUGGAACGACGAACGGAAUACAACCCACUGUUUAUACCUGUAAACCAGGAUUUGAAUAAUGAUAUAUAUUUUAUUGCUAUUGUUGCGGGUUGUAGCGCAGCGGCAAUAUUUAUCUUCGUUUUAAUCGCUUUAACAUGGUGCAGGCUAAAGCGAGGCGCUAAAGCGGCGGCUGACAUAGAAUAUCCAGCUUAUGGUGUAACUGGCCCGAAUAAAGAAGUCUCACCUUCGGGAGACCAAAGACUCGCUCAGUCUGCACAGAUGUAUCAUUUCCAACACCAAAAGCAACAAAUUAUCGCUAUGGAAAAUCGUGUUUCUGCAACUAGAGAUCCAGGCUCAGUAUCUGAAGCAGAAAGCGAGGAAGAAAAUGAAGAAGGGGACUAUACCGUUUAUGAAUGUCCAGGACUAGCUUCUACUGGUGAAAUGGAAGUAAAGAAUCCAUUGUUCCAUGAUGAUCCAACACCAGCAACACCAGCACAAAAUAACAAAGAAGAGGACCACAUAUAGUUUGAAUAAAUAUUAAAUAUAUUUAAUUUGAAUAUUUUUUCUGGUGCUUAGCUCACUGUUAAUGUACCAUAUCGGAAACAUUUAUCUAUAUAUCGAAUGUAAACAACUUUAAUAUUUAUAUGACGCGGGAAGUCAAAAUAGAAAAUUAACUAAAGGUCUGAAUAUAAGACCAUUUUUGCGUUUCGUGUAAGGGAUAUACCAUAUGAAACGAUGAAUAUUCUACAUCGUUACAAACUAUCGUGUUUGUUUGAAAACACAUAUUUUUUAACUCCAUGAUGUACUAUAGUUUGUACUUUCAUAGCAAGUAUGGUUAGCUAUAUUGAUUGACAUUAUUUUUCUACUCACCGUUACACUUGCAACAUAGAGUACAGAUUGGAGAUCGUAUAAUAC